AUCACAGCGUGGGAGGGACAUACAGAAACACAUUAGGACUUCUAUAGUUGUGAGGACACUUUGCAUUUACUAACGCCUGAGUUUUCUGUGUCCACUAAACGUCAAACUCUGAGUCUGACCCUGACCUGAACCUUCAAACUGACAUUUAAGGAAGUAAAAAGCUGAAGACUAAAAGUCCGGUCCUCACAAACAUAGACAUACUAGGCUCAAACACACAUCUGGAUUCCAUCAGAGGACGGGUGUCGACAAACAGCAGGUCUGGAAUCAGAUAACAGGCUGAACCACAGGAGCGUGAGAGGACGACGGCUGCAACCGCUGCUCCAGGAAACUCAGUAAAACUCAGUAACUCAGGCGUCAGAGAAGAAGCAGAACACGUGUAAGAAGUGAAGAAAAAGAAGGAGAUGAGGGAGUUUUUGAGGAUUCUGGUCUUUAUGUCUCUGCUGUUGUUGGUUUGCAGUGUCUUCCCGUCUUCUAGACCUGCAGACGAAUGCUCCGGCAUGUCCUUCCGUUUACGGACCUUCAAGCUGAAAACCACCUGUAACUUCACCACUCUGAAGGAGAAGCAGCUGAAGGAGAUUCAGGCUCCGACCACCAACCUGUACCUGCCCGUCCUGUACCUGCUGGCCUUCGCUGUGGGUCUGCCCUCCAACCUGCUGGCCCUGUGGGUUCUGCUGUUCCGGACCAAACCACUUCCAUCCACCACGCUGCUCAUCAACCUGACGGUUGCCGACAGCCUGCUGCUGCUGGUGCUGCCCUUUCGUAUCGUGUACCACUUCAGGGGCAACAACUGGGAGCUGGGCGAGCCUUUCUGCCGUGUUGUGAUGGCGAUGUUUUACGGGAACAUGUAUGGAUCUGUGUUGUGUCUGGCGCUCGUGGCUCUGGAUCGAUACAUUGCUCUGGUUCACCCUUUUGGCGCCAAGACGCUGCGCAGCCGGCGGACAUCACUGUACAUGACAGCGGCGGUGUGGGCAGUGGUGCUGGCUGCCAUGCUGCCGCUGUUGCUGUCGCAGCAGACCUACAUGCUAGAUAGCUUGCAGAUCACUACCUGCCAUGACGCGCUGCCCGAGGAGGGGCAGGAGAACUACUUCCUGCCAUACUUUGCCACCCUGUUUUCUGUCUGCUUCCUGCUGCCCUUUUUGGUUGUCCUCUUUUGCCAUGGCGCUGUGCUGUGCACCCUGUUGGCUGAGGGGAAACGCUACGGUCACGCCAUCCGGGUGACGGUGCUGGUCCUGCUGGUCUUCAUUGGGUGUCUGCUGCCCAGCAACAUCCUCCUCCUCCUAACUUAUGUUGACAACUUGCCAGAGGGAGAUGGCGAGGACUUCUAUGUCCCCUACAUGGUUAGCUUAGCCGUUAGCACCUUCAAUAGCUGCAUUGACCCCUUCAUCUUCUACUACGUGUCAGCAGAGUUCAGGGAGAAGGCGAAGAGCGCUCUGUGCUGCGUCUUCGGAGACAGAUCGCCCUCUCUGGGGAACGAUGUGUCGUACUCCUCAUCAUCAUCAGGCCUGAGGUCAAAGGUCACUUUGCUGUCCAUGUCCAGUCGGCGGGGGGUGUUAGAGAGUCCUGUGGAUAUGCAGAUGACCUGAGGACCUCAGUCUGUCCAUUUAUCAGAAAGAGAGAGUAUCCCAGCAUGCAUUUCACAUUUUGAGUCAGACUCAGAGCUGUUAGAAUUUUGUCUGUCAGAUGUUUUUGUGUCAUUUUGUUAAGCUCUGAUAGUUUUUCAGGUGAGAUGAUUUCUUACAUUUGGACACAUUCCUGACUUCUCAGAUGAGCUUUCAGUCAGAGGCCAUGGUCUUCCUCCUGUGGGGAACAGUGUGAUGUCUCUGGAAGGUAAAGUUUGGUGUCAACGUUUGAAUAUUUUCUUCACGUUUUAAUCAGAGACUUUGUUUUUGCUCUGUACAAACUUCCUGUUUACCUAUCAACAGCGCAAAGUGAUGGUCACAUGACUGCUGACAUCAUCAGCUGUCAUGUGACAGCUGAGUGACAGAGAUCACAAAAUGUCUGACAGCUCGUUUAGCAUGAGAACAUCAUCUGGCCAAAACGGCAU